UUAGUCUCACGCCGGCCUAGUCCGUGGUGUUGCAUCCUCUGCUAGCAGCGUGGCGAUUAGAUGGACACAUCGACAGCGUAAGAGUGACACGAACGUGAAAGCCUAGGGGUAGUGGGCUAGCAUAACGGAUCGAUAAGAAGGAUUCCAUGGGAGAACACCAUCCGCACCGAAACCCUACCGCUUUGCCGCUUUUCACACUUUCAGACCAGGCCACACAAGACAAUGGUUUCAGCGUAGCGUUAAAAGUCCCCAGAUCAAGCACGUCAUAAGCUGAGAGGGUGGCAGACGAAGCACUUUGAUUGGGCCCAGUUCCGAAUCCAUCUACGCAUAAAAUCAGUCGGUGCUAUCACUAUUCACAACCGACGCCUCAGUGGAAUUACUUCUGUCAUUUACAAGAGAUCUUGCUUCUAGGAAUCUCGCAAUAUUCACCCCAAGAGAUGCUCAUGCAAGAGGUCAAAGUUAUUUAGUCAACGACGUGAUGUCAUAAGAAUAUCGGGCUGACACUGGAUUAAGCUUUUGUGUACACCAGAAGCACUCGCUGGUCCUCCAGUCAACACAAUCUAGAAAUGCGUUCGACACAAGGAAGGUGGUGUGUUUUGAUGCUGUUGCACGUGAUUUUGUUGCUUAGCGUGCAUUAUUCUAGAGCUGGGAAAAAUCUUCCCGAGAUAUGUAAUGAACUUUCUGCCGUGGCAACAGGUCCUGGGAAAUACACGGAGAUUGUUUCGCGCCAAAGUAAUGUCGUCUGCCGAGAGUCGGCUGCUGGUAUUGUCGUCUGGUCUCAUUGGACAUCCAAGAGGAAUGCCAUCCUUAGAGUUGUGAUUCGACGCUGUCCGAGAGUUGAACGCAUGUGGAUAAUGACAGAAGAUGGUGCACACUUUCUGCCUACGUCAUCAGAUGUGAAGAUUACGUCAUGCAUGUAUCCCAAUGACACAGUGGUUGUACCUGGUACAGGGCGUUCCAAGGAAAAACUGGAUAUCCACACAUUAACUUCCAGCGGGGUAAACAUUGUUGUUUUGAUAGCGGAGCGAGACGGAGCUAGUACGCUGUAUACGACCCACAAGUACCAUCUUGCCCCACAGACCAAGCACAGGCAUCACCGGGCACGACGAGAUGCGCAACCAAAACCCGAACCAGCGUCUGACGAUACUUCCGUUUCUCCUUUCCCGCUCAGCCAGUGUGGGAAGAACCGGACGUGUGUCAGAUAUGGUUCUUCUGGUUGUGAUCACAUGACCUGCGAUUACUUCCUGUCAUAUCACGUGAUGAACUCGGAUCGGGUGGACCUGGAAUUGAGCGGGAAGAGCAAGGGCUGGGUGGCCGUCGGGUUCUCAUCGGACGCAAAAAUGGGCGGAGAUGAUGACGUCAUAGCGUGCAAACUGAAGGACGAAUUAACGAAUACCAUCCAGGUGGCCUCGCUCACGAACAUUGUCGCACACGCUGCCCCGGAGCCAAAGCCCAGCGCCUUGACCUUGAAACACUGGCAGUACAAGGACGGUUAUAUUUACUGCCGGGUCACACGGCUCUUGAAGGUCAACAAGAGGAACAACCUGGAUUUUUCAAACGACUGGUUUCAGCUUUAUGCGCGUGGCUCGGUCGGAAGUAGUGGAGUAAUGCUUCAACAUGAUAAAACUCCCUUCACUUCGGACGAGAAAAUCACCAUGCUCAUGACAACCAACAAGUUCACAUCUUCAACCAGCAGCCGCCAUCUUUAUUCCAUAGGCCUCCUGUGUCUCGUGUUCUCUCGUCUUGCUGUUUCCUGACGAGAUCACGCCUUCAGCUCUCCACCUAUCUGCCUCUAAUUUUCUCCCGCCUGAUUUCUGCCUGCUCAGCGGAAUUUAAUCUUUCGGACGAGAUCGGGUGUUUUUGAUAAAGUCCGGCCGGGUGUUUGGUGAUAAUGUCGGUUUUCAACAAAAAAAGUUAAAACGUGACGUUAAGAAACAACGGAACGGGGAUGAAUUAAAGUAAAUCUUCUCCAAUAUUCACAUAUUGAAAAUGACGAUUAACGUAUCUAAAAACUAUAUUUACACGUUUUAUAUCUCAGUUGAUCUUCCUAACUGAAUCAUUCAUAACACCGACUCUGCUAUGUUGCCUAUUAGAAGAACAUUUUGGUCGAUGUGAUGCCACAAGAUAAACAAACUGAUCGGUCGCGUCACACAGCAUACAUUCUUCAACGUGCAGAGUCCAAGGCAAAUAUAUCCUUACCAAAUACCCAUUGAAUACCUUGAUACCGGUUUCACGAGAAACAUAUAUACGAAUGUUGAAACGUAAUUGCCCCCAAAGCCUGCUACUGUUUUGAGAUCUAGCUCAAGCUCCAAGAAGCAUCUUGCGAGCUUCGCAUUGUGGUUUGGAUCUCUUUUAUUUCAGUGGGGAUAAUUGCAUCAUGGCUGACUGUUUGCGCUAAUCCAGCGUUCUUGAUUUGUUUUUCUUCCUCAGCGUGCCAAGGACACGGGUUUUAAAACCAAAUGCUUCAGUGAACCCAUCAGUGAUGGAGAUAGCAUACGUUCAAGAAAUCAAUAUAGAUUUACAUGAUGCGCCAGUGUCCGCGGCAUGGGUUUGCGCGAGUCUGUUUCCAGUCCGUGUUUAGAGAGACUGGGCAUCCGUCUUGUAGCAAUCACGGUAUACGCUUCUUUGAGCGGAUUUGUAGAAGUUGCAGUCUAAGAUGGAUGGAAAUAGAUGUCAACCUUUUUUAUUUGUAAGUGAUGUUUCUAUGUAGAUUCUUUACCGGGGUUUUUUCGGUUUUUUGAGAAAAUGACAUUUGACGCCAUUAUGACGCAGUCACGAGACGAGCUAAUUAUUCAUGUUUUUUCAGAAAAUCCACCAGGCAACAAAUACAUGGCAUCACGCAACAAGCAAAUCAAUCACCAAACAUGUAAAUGACGACACACGAUAUAAGUAAAUGACGUCAUAUAACAACUAAAUGACGUCAUAUAACAACUAAAUGACGUCAUAUAACAACUAAAUGACGUCACACAAGUUAAUAGAUCAGUAAAAAGUGAGACAUCAUGCAACGGGGAUGAUUUGCCAAGUUGUGUGAAGCUGUUCCUAAACGCCAUCUGGCCGUCAACGAUGUAGUUGCCAUCAGCAUUUUCAUUUACAGAUGGCAGACUAACGGGAUCGGGUGGUCAGGCUUGCUGACUUCGUUGAUGCAUGCCAUCGAUCACAAUUGUGUGGAUCGAUGCUGAUGAUAUUUAUCACUGGAUUGUCUGAGACUCGAUUAUUUACAGACCGCCGUCAUAUAGCUGGAAUAUUGCUUAGUGCGGCGUUAAACAACAUACCAACCAACCAGAUAUUGUCAAGAUCUUUUUAUUUUGUUAACUGUAGAGAAUGUGAUGUAUAUAUUAGUUUUUAAUGAAACCCCUACUUAGCGAAAGAUAUCGAGCGACACCCAAAGGCAGAAGUCCUAAUUAAGUCACAAUGGAAUCCCUCUCUGCAAAACGACUAGUUCUAUCUUCAUUGUAGAGAAACCUAGUGACGCUAAUAUUGUACAUGAAGGUAAGCUUCGCUUUAAGAUUAAGCAGCGCUUGGAAUCAGCGCUUGAUGUCUACCAAUAAGACACAAAUAGAGAAUCUCACCCGAGUGUCUUUUGAUAUCAAAUAUAUCAACACGAGUUGAUAAAAGUGGGAAAACUCUGAGGCUUGCCGAGGAUUUUGUUCCACUUCUAUCAACGAGUUUUGAUGUAUUUCAUAUAAAAAAACAUGAGGGUGAGAUUUUACGUAUCAUCCAACAUCAUUCUUCCACUUUUACAGUUAUUAGACAGUAAUAAGCAGUGUCUUAAGUGUA